GGGCGCGUGCUCGUGUGCGCGCUCACACCGGCUAUUGUGUUUUUAUCAACAAGGAGACCAUCGUGGCCUUACGGGUAUCUGAGCCGGCCAGCUAAACGACAAGGGACCAUGGCGGACGAACAAGAAAUAAUGUGCAAAUUAGAAAAUAUCUUGGAGAUACGGAACAAGACUGUCCAGAUGCAGAAGAUCAAGUCGCGUCUUAAGAUUGAGUUUGAGGCCCUGGAGUCUGAGGAGAAGCACCUGAAAGAGUACAAACAAGAGAUGGAUCUGCUUCUACAAGAGAAAAUGGCACAUGUGGAGGAGCUGCGGCUCAUACAUGCAGAUAUCAAUGUGAUGGAGAGCACCAUCAAGCAGUCAGAGAAUGACCUGAACAAGCUGCUGGAAACAACUCGUCGCCUGCAUGAUGAGUACAAACCUCUGAAGGAGCACGUCGAUGCCCUCAGGAUGACUUUAGGUCUUCACAGACUCCCUAACCUGAACGAAGAAGAGGAAAAGCUCUCCCUGGAUUACUUUGAGAAGCAGAAAGCCGAGUGGCAGAAGGAGCCACAUGAGCCCGCCAUCCCAGAAUCUCUUGCUGCCGCUGCAGCAGCAGCACAGCAGCUUCAGGUGUCCAGGAAGCAAGAUGCACGCCAGACGGCCACCUUCAGACAGCAACCUCCACCUAUGAAGGCUUGCCUGUCCUGCCACCAGCAGAUUCAUCGUAAUGCUCCCAUCUGCCCAUUGUGCAAGGCCAAGAGCCGCUCUCGCAACCCAAAGAAGCCCAAGAGGAAGCCUGAUGAGUAGAUCACACUCUACCUUCAGCUUCAGUAGCAUUUAAGGGACCUGGUCCGACACACUGAUCGGCCACGUACAUCACACUAUGUGACUGAAAUAACAGAUCUGUGCAGCAGGACAAUUUCCACAAACAGUCCCCACUUUAACAAAUUGUCUUAGUACCUUUUUUCAUAAACUGUCGACUGAAAUUUGACGGAGGAUCCGGUGAUGUCAUUCUGUUGUUUGUUUUUAUCAGUGCUUUGGAUGUGUUUAUAUGUAACCGUAUGACUUCUAUAGUAGGUUUACUAGCAUCUAAACAUGUAACUGCAAUAAUGCGAAAAGGAAAUUGAUAAGAUGUCCAAAUAAUUUUGUUAUGUUUUUUUGCCUUUGAUGUUGUACUGUACUUUCUAAUUUUGUUUCAAUGCAUGCUUGCUUCCAUGGCUGUCUGUAGUGUAUUUCUGUGCCAAUAUAAAAAUCAGAUAGGUUUAAUUGAAGUUAAACACAAUGUUGUUUUAAUGUUUACAGUGUUCAAGUGACCACACAUGGGAGAAAAAAAGGCCAGACUCAUUUGCUCUGAAUAGUGUUGUGUGUUUAACUUUAAUACAGUGAUGAGAAAAUAAAUGGCUCUUUUGUA